AUGAAUUCACUGUAUGAUAGAGUUACAAGCUCUUUUAAAUCCAUUUUUAACAAAGUAAAGGGUUUUAAGGCGCUAGUUCUUGAUUCAGAAACAUCAGCUAUCUUAUCAUUGGUCUGUACUCAGACGUAUUUACUGGAGAAUGAAGUGUUUCUAACACUUAGAUUGGAUGAUCCUAGCGUUUUUCAGCAAAUAAGCACCAAGUCAAUUGUUGAUAUUGACCCUUACGAUAGCAAAAUAGAGGAUGUCCGCGAAGUACGCCAUAACAAACACCGAAAUCUAAAGCAUAUACCUGCUCUAUUUAUCAUAAGGCCCACAAACAACAAUAUUGAGAUAUUGUGCACUGAGUUAUCCCAGAGCAUUUUUGGGUCUUAUCAUUUUGUUUUUACAAACACACUAUCAGAAGACAAAAUUAAUAAGCUUGCUAAAUACGAUUCCUACCACCUAGUGAAAACAGUAUUUGAGUAUUACACCGACUUUUAUAUAAUUGGCCACAAUACAUUUUCCUUAGAGCAGAAAAAUGUCUAUAGCCUAUACAAGUUGUUGGUCAGCAAAGAGUAUAUAACUCUUAAUUCUGUAGAAUUAAACCAGAUAUUUUUAUCUUAUUACGAAAAUGAAUGCGUAAAACGCAUAGUUCAGGGUUUAUUUGCAUUAUGUUGUGCUACUGGCAAAAAGCCUACUAUUAUUUACCGCAAGUGUUCACCUCUCUGCCAAGCAAUUGCAUCUCAAUUGCAAGCCAAAAUCAAUGAUCACAACAAAAAUAUUUCCGUAACAAAUGAUACUGAAAGAUCCAAAAAUGGCCGGUUUGGUACAGUUCUGUUAUUGUACGAUCGCCGUGAUGAUUGUAUUACUCCGAUGUUAACUCAAUGGACUUAUCAGGCCAUGAUACAUGAAUAUAUUGGCAUACACAAUAACAAGAUAACAAUACAUACAAAAAACAAUGAGACAGAAGAAUUUGUCGUUUCUUCAAUAACAGAUUCAUUUUUUGAUCAGAAUAAGUAUCUCGAUUUUGCAGACAUUGAGAUGGCAAUUAAUGACUUGGUAAAUGAAUAUAAAAAAAAGCAAAAUCUAAUCACGAAAAAUGAUGUUUUUGAAACGCUACAAUUAAUACCAGAACAAGCAAAAAUGUCCGCCGAUGUCAAACGCCACUUAUCUAUACAGCACGCAUUGUCCAAUUGUUUGGCAAAAGGCGAUAUAUUAAAUCAGUCAAUUUUGGAACAGGAUAUUUGCUGCAAUAGCAACAAGGCAGAAAGCUUUUCAGAGCUCUACAAUCGCAUACAAUCUCCAGACAUAUCGCCAUUCAAUAGGCUUAGACUUUGCUGCCUGUUUGCAGUAUGCUACUCUGACGACAAAUCUCUGGUAAAUUACCUAAAGUCUGAAAUGAAAAAAAUGAAUUGUGAUACUGAGGAUUUUGUGGUGUUGGAUAACUUGCUCAAGUACUCAAAAAGCGCUAUGUGUAAGAAUGUUGACAGAAGCUUCUUUUCCCUGGCUAAAACAGCAAUUGAACAAACUAUCAAAGAUACUGUGGCUUAUAUGAGAUAUCGCUCUAGGCUAUCAGAAACAAUAGAUAUGCUACUCAAUGGAAAACUUAAUGGAUUUGACUAUGUAACAACUCCCUGUGCCUUUGGGUACCAAUAUGCCCUCAAUGAAAUGCCAAAAUCGGUAAUUGCAUUUGUAGUAGGAGGUGCUACCUAUCAGGAGAGCAGAGAAUGUGAGGGUCUGAGCGAGAAGACCGGAGUGGAUAUUUUGUUGGGGGGAACCACUUUUCUGAACUGUCAUUCAUUCUUCGAGGAAAUGGCCGAAUUAUAA